CUUGUCGCAAUACGGGUGUGAAUAGAAGCAGGCGGGGAGACUACAGUUCGUUUUGCUAAUUAAUUACAGUAAAAUUGUCCUGAAUGUAUAAAAGAUUUAAACUUUAGUCUCACCCUGUCUGUGGUUAAAGAUGUCUCAGAGUAAAAGAGUCGCGUCUCAGAGCCGGAGGUCUCAGGUGGUGCUGGAUGAGGAUGAUGAAGGCUCUCUCUCUCAGCCCAGUGUGUCUCAGGUACAGAAAGCCAGAGAGAACUUCACACCUGUACAGGUGGACCGCAAGGUUGCUGAAGUUGUGCAGUUUAUUCUGAUUAAAGACCAGAAGAAGAUUCCCAUCCGCAGAACAGACAUUGUUAAACAUGUGAUAAAGGAGUACCGGCUCCUGUACCAGGACAUCAUGAAGCGAGUGGACCAGACCUUCGAGCAGGUGUUUGGACUGAAGCUGAUGAAGAUCGACCCCAAGAACCACAUCUACAUCCUCACCAACAAGCUGGAGCCAUCAACUGAGGAGCCAAUCAGCAUGUGUCCUGCAAACCCGAAGACCGGGCUGCUGUUUGUGAUCCUCAGUGUGAUCUUCAUGAAGGGAGGAAGUGUUAAAGAGACUCUAGUGUGGAACACGCUAAAGAAGCUCAGGGUGGACGUGGGAGAGAAACAUAAAGAGUUCGGAGACGUGAAGAAGAUCAUCACUGAUGAGUUUGUGCGGCAAAAGUAUCUGGAGUAUGUUCGUAUCCCUCACACUGAGCCCCUGGAGUACGAGUUUCGCUGGGGGUCGCGGGCCGAGAGUGAAGUCUCCAAACUCAGGAUGCUGCAGUUUAUUGCCGAGCUGCAUGAUCAGGAGCCUCAGUCAUGGACGCUGCAGUACCGAGAGGCCAUGAGUGCAGAGAACAACCCCAGAUAACGCAACUGUGUGUGUGUGUGUGUGUGUGUGUGGUUUUAUCCAAUAAAAACAUUUUGCAGGAAAUUCGCAGGAAUUAUUAAUGUUUCAUUUUUUUAAAGAAAAGAUACAAACCGGGAUGUUUCAUAAUAAAUCACAUGAUCAGAGUUUCAUCAUAAAGUUUCCAGAAAAACAAAAAAAAAAUGUUUUUAUAAAAUAUUUAUACUGAAAUGUUUUACACAUUUAUCUCUUAGAAAUCUUUUUUAUACGUGAUAAAAUAUUGAGUUCUUAUG